UUUAAUUUAUGUGAUUAAUGUUGCACUUACCGAUGCCUUAGUUUGGACCACAGUCAAUGUGUCUCUUAUACCGAGAACCUGGCAAGAAGGAAUGGUGGACUCGAACUGUCAUUUACUUGGACGUGAAUUCAUUACAGAAAAAAUGGAAGAUAUCCGAGUACGAGGGAUUACUGAAAAUGAACGAUUAAGAAAGUAUUGGAUUGGUGCAUAUGUCCAAUACACAAAAUGGAUACGAUUUAGUGGUUGCUUCCAUACAUAUACCCAGCAUAUGACCUCGACGUUAGGAAGUCUAAGUAUCUUAGAAUGUUACAAGUUAUGUGGUGAAACUCGCUUCGGAUUAUCAAAUAACCGUUGUGCUUGCUUUAACACGUCAGAACCGAACAUACAAAAUGAAUACUGUGAUGCCAUACCAUGCCCUUUGAACACCGAAGACAUUUGCGGUUAUGAUGAUAGAAUUCUGACACAAAGUUGUCUUUGUUGGUAUGAAGUAGUUGAUUUACACAGUGAUAACGGAAUUGGAAACUGCAAAACAAUCUUUUCUUCCUCGGGAAGAAGGGAACAAUUAUUGACAACAUUAUGUCACGAAGAUUAUAAAUAUAUCUGCGAAGGAUUGGACUGGUUUGUAAAUGAAAACGUGAACUGGACUGAAGCAGCUUUAUUUUGUCAACGACGCAAAGGCCGUUUUUAUAGCGGACUUUCCAGAGCAAAAAAAAGGAUAAGUAGUAAUGUUUAUUAUUGGGUAGGGUUAUUUCGUAAACAGAUAGACAAUUGGACAAACAACAUAACAUCGAGAACAAAAUUUGAUUGCUUGUCAGCAUCCAUCAGGAAAGACGGAAGACUACAUACCUUUGUGACAGAAUGUCAUACCCAGCUACCUUUAUUAUGUGACCAGACAGAAAGACAAGCUACUAGAAAUGCCAAUUCAGCACCUUCAAACAAAGAAGCAGAUCAGUCGAGUGUUUGUGAUUCGGGAGGAAUCAAUGUUAAAUCACUGUUAAUCGGGGUAGUGUGUGGUAUAGGAGUCAUGUUAUUAGCUUUAGCAAUUUUCGUGAUUACAUUCCGAUACAGGAAAAUCAGAAUUGACUGUCACACUUCCAAUACCACACAGGCGGUUGGUGCCCCUGAUGCUGCUGCUGUACGUUAUGAAGGCAUCAGGCAUGAAAGUCGAGACAACCACUUAUACGAAGAAUGUGGGCAGUCCUCCGUCUCAUACGAAAAUAUUGCAACAUCAGGAUGAAUAGCCAAUGCAUCUAAUUAUAGACCAUAUAUCUUAGAUCAAAACUAUUAGUUUGCCACUUAGUCAUUUAUUUGACAAACAUAAUAGCUUGAACAUAAGUAAGAUUAAUAAUGGAUGAAAAUACUGGUUCACUUUGAUAUAUGGAGACAUUUUUUGUGGUACAUUGCCUUAUUGUCAUUGGUUUAAUUAAAACCGUGAUAUGUAUGAAAUUCGUGAGAAUUUCAAAAGAAAAAUGCCAUAUAAAUAGGAAGUAUUACUCGAUAGCUGCAAUCCAUAUUUACAUUAUAAGAUCACAAAUCUUGCUACACUGUCUAACAUCCAUUUUGAUUUAAUGAUAAAUGGACAGAAGAACCUUUCAAAUCAGAGAAAUGGACUUGGCCUUGUAUACAGUCAUGGAGGUAGACUUUGCCAAUCAACUUUUUGUUAUCGUACGCUUAUGCUAUUCAUACCUUCAUACCCACGCAUGUGUUGUACAUAGAAAAAUACGUAAUCUCUCAUGUUGGCUUUAAGAGUGUACAUGUAUACAU